UAGGAAUUGCGAGAUAAAGCGUUUCAGCAAUCGAGGCUUGACUUUGAUGAUGAAGGCAGCCUAGACGACAGUGACUAUCAAGUGCUGACAGGAUUUUCUCGUCUUGAAUUUCAUGACAUUGUCUCAACAAUUACCAGUAUCAACUCCUCCAAAAAUCGAAGCAAGAGGACUUGUGUAGCCAUCCUGUUGAUGAAACUGAGAUCAGCCCUUUCAAACAAAAUGCUUGCCGUUUUAUUUGGCAUGACUAAGUUUCAAGUUCGACGAGCUAUUGCAUCUGCCAGAGCAGCGCUUAUGAAAGACUUCGUGCCAUCCAAUCUUGGAUUUCAGCAUGUUACACGUGAAGAAGUCAUUCACAACCACACUCGUGAGCUAGCUAGGGAUCUUUUGACCCACGACAUCACGACAAACCCUGCAAUCUUGGUUUUGGAUGGAACGUAUGUCUACAUACAGAAAAGUUCAAAUUUUGCUUUUGCACGACGAUCAUACAGUUUAUACAAACAUAGGCCCCUGGUAAAACCAAUGAUCGUGGUAACAACGAGUGGAUACAUUGUAUCGGUUCUUGGGCCCUAUCUGGCUGACACAAAGAAUAAUGACGCCAACAUCCUAAAACACAUGAUUUAUAGUAAUGCUGAGGAGAUCAGGAGCUGGAUUCAGGAAGAUGAUGUCUUUGUUGUCGACCGUGGUUUCAGGGACGCCCAGGAUUUGUUGGAAGACAUUGGAAUCAGGAUGGAGAUGCCUGCUUUCAUGAAAAGGGGAUCCAAGCAGCUCUCCACAUCUGAUUCUAACUUGUCUCGAGUCGUGACAAAGGUUCGUUGGAUUGUAGAAGCAACAAAUGGGCGACUGAAACAGUGGCAGUAUUUAGCUAAAACGUUACCAAACUCGCAAAUCCCAUUUAUUGGUGACUAUGUGAGAAUUGUGGCGGCACUGUGCAAUAAGUACAGGCCACCACUUAGUGAACGCGUGGAAACUGAGGGACUUGACAGAAGAGGGCUGCGUUGGACUAAAGUUGAUGCAGAGAAUGUUGCCCCAGAUUUCCCAUGCUAUGAAGAGACUGAAUUGCGCCAACUUACUCUUGGAGUAUAUCAACUUCGCAUGGCCCAUUCCUAUGCUAAAGAGCACAUUGAUGAAGAUGGUGGAUUUGAAAUCUGCAUUAGUGAUGACAUUCCUGGGUUGGUUAGUGCUAAGAUUCAAAGCAGACAUAUAGCUGCUAAACAGUACAGAUGCUGGGUUAGUUUCAGUGAUGGAGUGGUGGAUGGGUGGUACUGCAAAUGUAAAGCUGGGACUAGAGUCGUUGGAAUGUGUGGUCAUGCAACCAGUGUUGUAUGGUACCUCUCUUUCGGGCGUCAUCAGGAGUUGGUGAAAGGGGUUCGUAACUGGACUACAACACUGGAGGACGCCUCUGACGUCCAGGACAUUAUAGAUGAAUCGGAUAGUGAUGUUGAUGACAAUGGUUUGGAAGAGUGA